CACCUCCCCCUUCAACCCCCCGCACGACUCAUGGCUACUCUCCUGCGGAAGAUCGGCCUGAUCCGGCUGCACGACCGAGACACGGAAGACCCCAAGCACCAACAGGGCACGCGCAAGGUGGCCAAGCAGGCCGGCCAGAGCCAGAAGGGGGGCACCAAGCACUGCGGUGCGGGAGGAGACACCAGCAUCCUGGGCACGCCGGAGAUUAAGGCCAAGAGGGCCUCGGACGUCCGGGAGAAGAAGGCGCCGAGCAAGGAGGGCAAGGAGAAGCAGCAGCUGCAGCAGCAGCAACAGCAGCAGCCGCAGGAGAAGCAGCAGCAGCAGCAGCAGCCGCCUCCUGCGCCCAACCGGCAGCACUGCACGCAGGUGCGCACACGCAGGCUCAUGAAGGAGCUGCAGGAGAUCCGGCGCCUGGGCGAUAACUUUAUCACGGUGGAGCUGGCCGACGACAACCUGUACGACUGGAACGUGAAGCUGCACCAGGUGGACAAGGACUCUGCGCUCUGGCAGGACAUGAAGGAGACCAACACAGAGUACAUCCUGCUCAACGUCACCUUCCCGGACAAUUUCCCCUUCGCGCCGCCUUUCAUGCGCGUCCUGGCGCCGCGCCUGGAGAACGGCUACGUGCUGGACGGCGGUGCCAUCUGCAUGGAGCUGCUCACGCCCAGGGGAUGGAGCAGCGCCUACACCGUGGAGGCCGUGAUGAGGCAGUUUGCCGCCAGCCUCGUCAAAGGGCAGGGCCGGAUCUGCAGGAAAGCAGGGAAGUCUAAGAAAGCCUUCAGUCGUAAGGAAGCUGAAGCCACUUUCAAGAGCCUUGUGAAGACCCAUGAGAAGUACGGCUGGGUUUCUCCUCCAGUGUCUGACGGUUGACGAGGUCAACCAGCAGUGCAGCAGCUUCUCUCCCUCCCCCACUUCCACGUGGCUUUCUUGAGUUGGGUUUUUCAUUGUUUUUUUUUUCUCACCACCAAACUUGAAAUGGAAAAAAAAAAAAAAUAAUAAAAUAAACGCAACAAAAAAGGUAUCAUGUCACACCCUCCAAACGUUGCUGACUCUCCACAACCACGUCCACCAUGCCUGCCCCGCUCAUCUCUCAUUCCUCACCCAGGUGCCAUGGACCAGUCUCCGGCUGUGACGUUACACGUUUAUUAAUGCUGUGGUUUGGACUACACUAAAAGACAGUCUGUUGCUGAAGGACUGUGGAAAUGAAUGAGGCCCUGAGGAAUGUAAUGCCCCUGUAAGGGGACAGGACAUGCCCCAACACUCACCUCCUACUUCUAUACUAUACCUCUCUAUCACUCUAUACCUCUCUGUGUUCAUUAGUGUGCUCUGUGUUUUCACUCCUCCUGCUACUUCUUCUUUGCCUCCUCCUCCUCCUCCUCUUCUUCGUUUCCUCUGUUUUUUCUCCCACUUUCUUUCUUUUUAGAGCUGACGAUGCAUUGCACUGAACAGCAUCAGCCUUUCCUUCAUUUACAUACAAAUGACUCUGUUAAUAUUUAAUAGAUAGGCAGAUUAGUACAGUACAUUUGAGGUUCACUUUUUUUUUUUCCUUUUCUUCUUCGGCUGUGCUAUUUUUCACAGUUCAAUGCAACAUGAAGAUUGUAAUUUAUGUGGAGCUGUGCUCUUCUUUCUCUCUCUCUAUAUAUAUAUCUCUCUAUCUCUAUGCGCGUGGCUAAAUUUAGACAUCACUGUGUUGCGUAGAUGGUGAUUGAUUUCUAAUGGAGAAAAAAAAACACUCGUUGCUUAUGCAGAGGUACAGUAAAGAUAAAAAAGAGUGGUAGUGAGCCAUUCUUGAUAGUCAUUUAUCAUAUUGUUUCUCUUUUUCUUUUUUUUUUCUUUUUUUUUGGGAGAAGACCAAAAGUCUAUAAUCAAAUCAAAUCAAAUCAAAUUUAUUUAUAUAGCGCUUUUUACAACUGAUGUUGUCACAAAUUAUAAUUCUGAUGAUCUUGAUACCAGAUGGCAGCACCGAAUGUCAAAGUCCCAGUGUGUAGGUGGGCGUAAUGCACACUGAGUGCAGGGCAGGGGUAGCGUGAUCUAAGCACUGCGGUGACGUGGUUUUUUUUUAGCAGCGUGCAUCAAAACUGAUUAUGAAAUCCGUCUCUUCAGAGCAGCGAGCUUCAGUAUGUUGUGACGAAAUGGCUACAGCGGAGACUAGCGGCCCGUGUUGGCACCACCGUGAAGACAACACUGUGUUUUGGCACUGCUACAGCUUAUUUCCCCGCAAGCCAAACACUGCAGUCGCACAGAAAGAAAUGUUUUUCUGAUCCGGGAGAUUGAACACACUGACCUGCUCAGGUUGUUUACCCUUGCGGUGUGGACUAGAUUUGAUUUGCUGCCCGAUUCUUCUUCCACUGACUUUGCAACACGUUUUCGGUUUCUCUUCAUGCUCAGCGGAGAGGCAGCAAAAUGAGAGGGCUUGCUGCAAGGGGUCAAGGAAAAAUGGUCCGAGCCUCAGAGCCUGUAUCAGCACCUUAAACUGCAGGCGUGUUAUUCAGUUAACAAUCUUAAAGGGACUCUCCAACCAAAAUGAAAAAUUCUCCCAUUGCUACCUCUGUUGUAAAUGUGUUUUCUCACAUCUUGACAUUUUCUGGUUUAAAGUAACUACCUAAGAAACCGCUGGUGAUGUAUCUUGAAGGUGGGAGGAACUUUAAAAAGCUACAAUCACUCUGAAUGGAUUUUUGCAGGCUGUUUUUUACAUUUAUUUAUGUUUGCUGGUUAAUGCAGAAGGAUAUUGCUGUAGUCACAUAUCUUACUCCAGCUGCGUAACUGUAGUAGCUAUCUUCAAAUCAUGGUUUCAGUGGAGAGAAUGCAUUGCAGAAAUGAGGAGGACGGCAAGCUAAAAGCUGAACUGAGAAAGCUCGGUAGCUACCAUACCAACAUUUGGUAAAAAAUGACCCCUUGUGUUCUUUUGGUCCUGAAUAGAAAUAGAAUCACUGCUUUCUUUGCGUUUUUUAUUUGGCAACUGAGGUAAGAGCUACGCUAAAGCUGGCUUGGUUAUAUCUAUUAGCCUAUAGAUCAGUGGCUAGGCUAGCUGUCAGGAUUGGAUGACACCACAGGGAAUCCCAGUGUCCCAAUGUAUUUGCAUAAUGCAUGCUGGGAAUUGUAGUGAGAGAACAAAAUGACACAAAAUCGUGAAGUAGCAUAGCACGGCGUAUUAAACAAGACUCCAGGCUGGGCCUAAGUACAACCCUUAGCCAGUACACUGCACCUGCUGAUGCCACUGUUGAUAAGAGGUAAAUUAAGAUGGACCGAAAGGAGUAGUUUAGGGUGUUUUUAUUGUCCAGCAGUGGUGUGGAAUGCUAGCCGCUCAUUCAGUGACCCGACUGAUGCUGGGAGGCACACCUUGGUGUUAUCGACUGCCUCUCCAAAUGUCAGCAUGAAUCCAAACUGGCACGAGCCUCAGUGUGUCUGCAGAAAGCACACAGGCCUGAGCUGAUGCUACUUCAGUAUGUGCUAUUAGACUAUCACCUCAAGUAGAUCUGAUCGCUUUAAAUCUUUUGAUUUGGCAAAUUCAGCUCACCUGCAUAUGGCUUGAACUUGCCACCUCUCGUUGCUCCUUCAUGCCGUCCCCGGUGUGUCAUUCGCUUCACGUUACAUGACUGCACAGUUGGUAGCAGAAAGCCUGAUUAUAUCCUCCGGCGUUUCAGGGGAACUUUAAAUGUCAUAAGGGACGCUACUAAUUAACACGCCAUUUCAAAAAGGGAGAAGGAGAAAACAAACGGAUAAGCAUUCUGUCUCUUUUUGUUUUUUUGGUGCUGUUUCGGUCAAGAAGAUACAUGGACUUUGUCAGGGAAGCAUACAUGGUACUGCAUUUCCCUGCUUUCAAGUCCACGCCGGUGCUUGAACAGUACAGUUUAAUUCCAGACGUCCUUCUCAUUCAUGUCAUUACAAGAUCCCACAUUAUUAGCAGGGCAUGUCGUAACGACGAGUCCCAACAAGAUUUUCUUGCCCAAAAUAAAUUGGUGCGACUCGAGGUCACCUUGAUUCCAGAUAGAUAAAGACAAAUGUGUCCAAGAACAGAACAGUCGGCACUUCCAUUGGAAGAGGCCCUCCUGUUAAGGAGUCUUCUGUUCUUUUUUAAGUUCAGGAAGACGUGUUGAAUUUUUGUCCGUGGUACUUGACUGUAUGCCACAUAUGUGGCAGACAGCGAUUGGAUUAAAGACAUACUAGGCUAUUCCUUUAAAGUGCUCACUGUACUAGACUAAAAAUACAUUAGAAAUAAGCACCAGGAUCUCACUGCAGUUCAGAACGCUCCUCUGAGACUGAGAGAGGGCGAAGAUUGGGAAAAUUCCUGCUGUGUUUGCCUGGCCUGAGGCAAAUGAGAGAGAAAAGGGCUGUUGAUAUCUGCUUGAAUAUAUGACUAUUUUUGUCAAGGCUUUCUUGUGUAGUUUCAAGGAACCAGAAGUACUUAAAGGCAGUGUGGCUGAAAGAAUUACACUCUAGCAUAAAGAACUGGUGGUUUGUCCCAAAUGUCAGAUGACUGUGGUUUUGACUUGAUGUUUGUACAACAGUGGCUAAAAAAGCAUCAUUAUGCCUAUCAUGUUAUGAAUGAGGGGCUUAAUUCCACGCUUGUCCGUCUGGUAGAAAACGGAUCACUAAUCAAACGCUCUUGGUCUUCUCCAGUCUCUGUUUGGACAGUCAUUUGAAAAGUGGUCAUGUGCAUAUUCGUAUGGACGUAGCAAGAGGAGAUACUAGAACAUCGACUAAUUAUAACCGGUCAAAGUUAUCUCAAAAACUGGAUGUUUGCUGGCUUUAAGAGCAUAAUUUUGUGAUAGUUUAGAUUGGUAGAUUGCAGACACUAACAGAAUUAAUUGUCCAAACAAGUGAGAUGAUUCUAUUGUAUUAUAUCUGCAUGUGGUCUGUGAUUGUUAGAUAGCUUUCAAUUUUUUUUUAUUUUUCAAAGAAAAGCAGGAAAACUAUGGGGGGAAAAAAAGAACAGGAAAAAAAAAACUUGUGUUUUUUCUGUUUUUGUCAUUUUUCUUUCAUUAAUGUCUUAAAUGUCAGAUUGUGUUAUAUGAAUGUUUGUGUUUUAAUUUAUUUGUGGUUUGCCAAAAUGAAGAUUUUGAAGCAUGUUGCAGGUAUUGUCACUGAUUAAAGAAAAAAAAAAUAAGAAAAAAAAAAAUCUUAAAAGUGGAAUAUUAUGUACCUGGAUUGAAGGGGGGUCUGCCGUAUAGGGACCGCAGGCUCCGGGCUGUGAGGAAUAAAGGACAUGACGAAGCGUAUUUUCCAGAUUACACAAAGCAACAUCACAGGACACGGUCAGAGCAAAACCAAACAGGAAUGUGCAAUAAAAGUUGUAGGCUUAUUCAACCCUGCAGACCGAUGUGGUGCUCGUUUUCCUUGUGUUUCUCUUCACUGUUGGUGGUACAGCGCUGGUCAGCGUUAGCGAAAAAUGGAGAGAGGUAGUAGAUCAUGAAUGUAAUAGGGCUGUCACGACUACUGGAUUCAACAGAACUUGAUUAAAAUUGACCUUGUGUGAAUUCAAA